ACACGCUGGUCUUGUGAGAACUUGUGCAACAAAGCGGAAAUACAGCUUUGAGCUUUCUACUUUCUAAAGCAACGAAUGGCAGAAAUCAUGAGUUAUUCUAUACUUUUAUGCGUCUUCAUCCUUGGUUGUAAUGCUGCUGAAAUACCGCAACAAUGUAGUCCUGUAGGGCCUUCUACGCCGCAUGGAAAUUCUGGGGGUAGACAGAACGUGCAUUUAGGUCCUGACGGUUAUGUUAGUGGUUCCAUCUGGCCAAAACCGCAGCAACAUACUCUUGGCGAACAAACGUUCACAUUAAGCCCAAACCAGUUUGAAUUCACUUCAUCAGGCGAGGGAAGUGAUGUUUUGGCAGCAGCAUUGAAACGAUAUCAAGGCCUUACAUUUCCUGAUAAGAUCCAAUCGAAUGCAAUGAGAUAUCGCCGUGGUCUGUCUGCUCUGACGUCCUUGGAUGUAUCAGUGAAGGAGAAAUAUGCACCUAUGACCUUUGAGAGCGAUGAAUCGUACACACUAACAGUAAGCGCUCCAGCAUCGAGUUUAACCGCGAAUACGAUUUGGGGGGCAUUGCGAGGACUUGAAACAUUCAGUCAACUCGUGUACCAAGAUGAAAAUGGCAACUUCUUGGCUAAAGAAGGCAAAAUUACCGACUUUCCUCGAUUUCACCACCGUGGUUUUCUAAUAGAUACAUCCAGACAUUUUAUUCAUGUCAAUGUGAUAUUUAGUCAUAUUGACGCAUUAGCUUAUGCGAAGUAUAAUGUCUUGCAUUGGCAUAUUGUAGAUGAUGAUUCAUUUCCUUUUGUCAGUGAAACGUUUCCUUCGCUCAGUAAUGUUGGUGCUUUUAACAACGUUACACAUAUCUAUAGCGUGGAUGAUGUGAGUAAAGUUAUUGAGUACGGUCGAUUGCGAGGUAUUCGUGUAAUACCCGAGUUUGACACGCCUGGACACACCCAAUCAUGGGUCAGCAUCAAGAAUUUCCUCACACCGUGUUAUUCCGGAGGAAAACCAACUGGAAAAUUUGGCCCUGUUAACCCAACAUUGAAUACCACAUACACCUUCCUUAAGUCAUUUUUCGGGGAAGUUGCAAAGCGUUUUCCCGAUGACUACAUUCACUUGGGCGGAGAUGAGGUAUCCUUUAGUUGCUGGGAGAGCAAUCCUGAUGUGUUGGCUUGGAUGGAUAAAAUGAGAUUUGGCAAAAAUUUUUCACUUCUCGAACAGUAUUACGAACAGAAGUUAAUUGAUAUCGUUGGCGGUUUGGAAAAAAAAUACAUUAUUUGGCAAGAAGUGAUCGAUAACGCAGUCACUGUAAGUCCCGAUACUGUGGUCAACGUUUGGAAAGAUGGUUGGGAAGAUGAAAUGGCUAAAGUUACAGCAAAAAACCUGAACGUUAUUCUGUCCUCUCCGUGGUAUUUGAAUUACAUCUCCUAUGGUGAUGAUUGGCCAAAAUAUUAUCAAGUUGAACCCACUGCAUUUAAUGGAACAAGUGCGCAGAAGAAGCUAGUCCUUGGGGGUACCACUUGCAUGUGGGGUGAAUGGGUGGAUGGAACAAACCUCCUGUCAAGAAGCUGGCCAAGAUCAUUGUCCAUUUCCGAGAGGUUGUGGAGUUCAAUCAACACAACUGAUGUAUCAGAUGCAGAAAAACGUUUAAGAGAGCAUCGUUGUCGUUACCUGAUGCGCGGUAUUCCAGCACAGAAUGGUAUAGAGUCAAAGUAUUGUCGAUAUGAAUGGCCAGGACCUGUUUAGAGUUAGAUCAUAAUUCAUAACGUAAUAAGUGACUAUGGGCUUCUAGACUAAAUAGUAUCGUAAAAGUAUUUUUCGAGGGACUUUCUUAUCCAUAACGUAAUAAGUGACUAUGUGCUUCUAGACUAAAAAUGUGUGAUUUAGUAUGGUAAAAGUAUUUUUUGUGGGGACUUUCUUAUAGGUGGUGAAAUUAUAUUUUAUAAUAUUGUUAUCAUGCAGCUUUAAAAUCUAAUUCGUAGAUUAAAAAUUCUUAAAUUUCAAAAUUGUUUUCACAUUUAUCUCUUCCUUG